UGGUACAGCUGUCAAUACUGGAUAUAAAAUUGGAGUAAAUGCACAAAUGGAACGUUAUUUACAAAGGCCCUUGCAGUGGAAUGUGUGUUUGUUACAUUUCAACGAGUUGCCUCUAAAAAAGUUGUUAACGCAUUAUAUUGGCAAGCAGAAAGGACCUGGUGUUUGGCCAGGGGUGUUGGGGUCUGAAAUUAUGACUUGCACCAAAUACCCGGUUGUAAGUGGUUUUGAGGCUAUUGCUAUGGGAGUUAUUCCUGAAAAUAUUGGCUCUUGGGAAUUACGCAAUGAUCAGCGUUAUUUAUUUGAUAUGGUUUUGGCAGUAAAUAAUGGUGAAUGCGAUGAAUAUCUCGCUAGUAAGAGCCCCGGUCCCGUCAGUACAGCUCGGUGGCUUACAACAGCUUCCAGGUUACUUCGGGUAUAUGUUUCCAAAGAAAGCCCGUCAGCGGAGUUGCGAAACAUGGUAGAGUUUGUUGUGAAAGUUUAUGCACCAUUCUGGUUUCUUGUGAAGAGCCAGCCACAAGCAAUUCAUGGAAGUAGACACGUUUUUAAGUAUAUUUGCUGGAUACGCGAACUAUCAAAUGCUGUUCAAGCCAUUAUACGUUCAGCUAUAGAAAAUAAUGCAUAUUAUUUUCACCCAGAAAAUAUAUUAUUAGCCAUGAUAACCGACGCUGAUCCAGAGAUACGUAAUGAUGGGUACGAAAAAAUCAAAACAGCACGUCAAUAUCCACCAGCAGGGCUUCGCGUGUUCAAGGUCCCAAAGCGUGGCGUAAUAAACUUUGAAAGUAAGUCGUAUGUCAGCAUGAUCGAUUGGAGUCAGUUUAAGAUUACGGAACCCCCUUGUGUGCAGUUCUACCCAGAUAGUGAACUUACAAUGUUUCAAUUUUCGGAAAAUGAAGUGAUAAAUAUCCCAGAGUUCCUCUGUCAUUCCCAGAAUACCGAACGGUUUGUGCGUGUUGUUAGUGAGUCUGCAAGUGCUGUCACUGAUGAAAAGCGCCUGGGCCACAUUUUUGCAAAAUUAGAAAGCCGAGACCAAUAUAAAAGCUUUGAUUCGCGCCAAAAUUUGCUUAAGUAG